AUGGCCAAAAGAUUCAGAGAGGAAAUCUGCCUGGAAAGAUUUAAAUAUGGUCUGUUGCCGGAAAUUAGGGAGAAAAUCAUCUUUAUGAAAGUACCCUCUUCAUUGGCAGAAGCUGUGUCGCAAGCGAGAAGAGUGGAAGAGUUAAAUUUAACAAUUAAAGCGGAUACUUGGAAAAGAAUGGAGGAAAUAGAGGUUAAUGCGGCGCUAGCGGAAGUUAAUGAAGUAGGUGAGAUAAAUGCAGAUCCGGAUAAUGACUGGGGCGAGGAACAGAUUGACCCAAAUUUUGGCCCAUACUAUGAUGAAUAUUAUAAUGACCAUGACCAAUAUUAUGACCAUGAGCAAAAUUAUGUCGAUGAAGAAUGCCAAUGGAUGCCAAAUGAAAAUAAUGAGUAUUGGGGAGAGGAAGAGUAUCAAGAUCAAUUUGGCAAUGAUUGUUGUCUCGAUGAUCAAGGUGAUCAAUACUGGCCCACAGAUCAAAUGAGAUUUGAUGACUAUUGAGGAAUUUAAAAAAAAUACUUGGUGAUGGUUCUAAAACUAAAUUUUUGUGUUAUUCUUAUUUCUCUGUUGCCCCCCCCCCAGGAGAGGAAGAAAAGUGGAUUUUGGCCUUUAUUUUAACCCAACCCUGAGACAUUUUCUGGAUGAACGCCCUGUUGCUAUAUAUUUUUCGAUUUUCACUAAAAUUUUCUUACCUCCUGCUUUAUUAUUACUGAUCCAAUACAUAAAAUUUGCCGCCGACUAAAACAUACAGUGUAGGAAUUUGGUGAAGAAAAGCGACGUUUGGCGCGAUAAGAUUUGAUUGGUAAAGAGAAUGAAAGUGAAAAAAUUGAGAUGAUUAAAUUUAUGAGGAAGAAUAUUGCAACAGAAAGAUAAAUAAAUUUAAAAAAAAAAAAACAAUAAAGAUAAUAUUUC